AUCAAGGUAACGAUCGUAUAAUUACACUUUAUUCACAGUGUUUAGUAUCAGUUACAUCAUGUCAGGGGUGGGAUGUGACUACUAUAGAGGGCAUCGGGAGCAGAGGGAAGGGAUAUCAUCCCAUACAGAAGACGUUAGCAGAAUACAACGGCACGCAGUGUGGCUACUGCAGCCCAGGCUUUGUCAUGAACAUGUAUGGAUUACUGGAAUCAAACCACUAUAACCUAACUCAAUAUGAGAUAGAAAACUCGUUCGGUAGCAACACUUGCAGGUGUACAGGUCAUAGACCGAUACUAGAUGCAUUCAAAACCUUCGCCAAAGAUGCACCCAAACCCCAUCCUUCCAUACCAGACAUUGAAGACCUAAAACUCUGUAAGGAAGAUUGCAAAGGACUUUGCGGAGAAUGUAACAAUGCAGAUCAUUGGUGUUUUAUUGACGAUAAUGAACAUGGUGAUUCUAUAAAAAAAAUCGUCCUGAAAGAUGGUCAUAUAUGGUACAGAGUUAAUGAAGUUGAUGAUAUAUUUAGUAUUUUGGAUAUAGAAGGACAUGAUUGUUACAUGCUUGUGAAUGGAAAUACUGGUAGAGGCGUUGCUCCAAUCCUAGCCUUCCCAAAAGUUCUCAUAGACAUCAGGCCUAUAGAACAGCUAAAGAAAUUUUACGUAGACCAAAACCUUGUAGUGGGUGCGGGUACAACCUUGACUGAUCUGAUGCAGCUGUUUAAAAUAAUAUCGAAGGAACGCGAGGAGUUCUCUUAUUUGCAGAAACUCUACGAGCAUCUCGAUUUGGUGGCUCAUAUACCAGUUAGAAACAUUGGUACAAUCGCUGGAAACUUGAUGGUAAAGCACAGAGUAUUGACAUUCGCCUCUGACAUAUUCUUACUACUUGAGACCAUUGGAGCCACGCUCGUCAUAGUAAGCAAAACCAAUACCGUGGAAGUAACACCAGAACACUUCUUAACAUUAGAUAUGACGGGAAGAGUAAUCCUUCAAGUAAAGAUUCCACCACUGUCCAACGAUUACAAAUUCGUUUCAUUCAAGAUAAUGCCACGGUCACAAAAUGCUCACGCUCAAGUUAACGCAGGAUUUCUUUAUCAAUUCGAUCGUAGCAACAAUGAAGUUGUUAUAGCAGCUCGAAUAGUAAUUGGUGGAUUGUCAGCUCACUUCGUACACGCUAGAAAUACAGAGAAAUACCUAGUUAAUAAGAAAAUAUUCACUAACGAAGUACUACAAGAAGCCCUGCGUGUAUUGGAACGUGAAUUAAUAGUUGAAGAGAUUGCUGCUGAGAUGAAACCUGAGUAUAGAAAAAAAACGGCUUUAGGAUUGUUUUAUAAAGGCUUAUUAACAUUAAUACCGGAAGAGAGUCUAAACCCUCGGUACAUCUCUGGAAAAAGAGACAUAAGGAAAACGAGACCAAUAUCAAAAGGCACGGAGGUGUACGACACUAACCCAGUAAUUUGGCCGGUUAAUGAGCCAAUGCCUAAACAAGAUGCCCUGGUACAAUGUGCUGGUGAAGCUAAGUAUGUUAACGAUAUGCCAACAGAACCUGCAGAAGUAUACUGCGCAUUUGUACCGGCUGAUAUUUGUAGAGGGGAAAUUGUAGACAUUGACGCUACACCAGCCCUGAAAAUUCCUGGAGUUCUGGCGUUCUUCUCAGCAAAAGACAUUCCUGGCCGGAAUUCUUUCUUAUCCCAAAAAGUUAUAUCUCAAUUGAUACCAGAAGAGAUAUUUGCUGAGAAAGAAAUCAAGUACUAUGAUCAACCCAUCGGCCUUAUUGUGGCAGAAACGGAAAAACUGGCAAACAGAGCAGCAUUGCUUGUACAUGUCAAAUAUACUGUUAAUAAAGAAAAGCCAAUACUAACUGUAAACGAUGCUAGAGAAAGAGAUCCGAGUCGAAUAAGUCUAUACCUUAUAUUCCCUGCAAGAGACAGGGGUUUGGAUGUCCAAAGAGUCAUCAAAGGAUGUGACACUAUAUUUUGGCAAUACCAUUUUACGAUGGAAGCUCAGUCUUGCGUCACAAGACCAAGCGAGGAUGGACUAGACGUGUUUACUUCAACUCAGUGGACGGAUUCAGUACACGUUGGAAUUUCGGAGUGUUUGAACUUAGAGCAGAAUAAAAUUAAUGUUACAGUACCGCGAUGCGGUGGAGCCUACGGUUCUAAGAUAACUCGUGCGACCCACGUGGCAUGCGCCUGCGCACUGGUCACACAUCUCACAAGUAGACCCUGUCGCUUCGUCAUGAGUAUCCAGGCCAACAUGAGAGUUAUUGGCAAACGGUUUCCUUAUACUCGUGAAUUUGAGGUAGGCGUAAACAACUCAGGAGAGAUCCAGUAUCUGGAGUAUCAUGGAUACCAUGACCAUGGGCACGUCGCAUCGGAUUCCGUGACAAUAUUACUUCCCAGCGGAAUCAAGAACUGCUACGACAACAGACGUUGGCAGUACAAGAUCUUUAACGUGGUGACUGAUACACCUUCAAACACUUUUGCUAGAUCUCCUGGUACACUGGAGUCUAUCGCAAUGACAGAAUACAUGAUGGAACAAAUCGCUUAUGAAAUAGAUAGAGAUCCUACACAGGUUCGCCUUGCAAAUUUUGAUCGCACAUACACUGACGUGUUGGAUGUAGUCCAAACGCUACUGAGAGACAGCGAAUACGAUAAGCGGAGGCAGGAGGUCGAUGAGUUCAACAGGCUUAAUAGGUGGAAGAAACGAGGGCUAAGGGUAGCUAUGAUGAACUGGCCAGUAGCCACAGUGCUCGACUAUCAUGUAAUGAUGUCAGUGUAUCAUGGAGAUGGCACGGUCGCUGUCAGACAUGGCGGUAUCGAAGUCGGUCAAGGCAUCAACACUAAAGUCGCGCAAGCCAUCGCUUAUACCCUCAAUAUAUCGGUGAAUAAGGUCAGAUGCAAACCAGUUGAAGUCAGUGCAAUACCUAACAACUUUACCACCGGAGGCAGUCGAACUACACAAACAAUCACUUUCGGUGCUAUCAAGUGCUGCCAACUACUGCUAGACCGACUGUCUGCUAUUAGAGAAACUUUGAACAACCCGACGUGGGAAGUUUUGAUAGAGGCUGCCUACCAGCGGGGUAUUAACUUGCAAACCAGCUAUAGGGUUACUUCGAAUGAUCAGGAACCGUAUAGAGCUGGUGGCGCGGCUGUAUCUGAAGUAGAAGUGGAUAUACUGACUGGCGAAACUGAGAUCCGUCGAGUAGAUAUCGUUGAAGACGUCGGGGUCAGUGUUAACCCGGAACUGGAUAUAGGACAGAUUGAAGGAGCCUUCAUGUUCGGAGUGGGAUAUUGGACCACAGAGGAAAUAAAAUAUGACGAAAAGACUGGAGAACUCCUCAGCGACCGCACUUGGCAUUACAAAUUACCUCUAGCUAAGGACAUACCCAUCGACUUCCGAAUACAACUAAGGAGAAAUUCUUACAACCCUUUAGGAACAUUGGGAUCUAAAGCUGUAUCUGAACCUCCCACGUGUUUGGCAGUCAGCGUUCCAUUUGCAAUAAGAGAAGCCAUUGUCUCUUCACGCGAAGAGAGUGGUUACCCGAGAAACAAGUGGUUUAAUAUAGAUGGUCCGUACACAUUGGAACCGAUUGUGAUCAAAUCCGACGUCCACCUUGAAGAAUUUUUAUUUUAUUAG